UGGAAAGCCCAUCGCCAGUGAAGGGGUCGAUAGCUCCAGGGGGCUGCAUCCCGAAGCACAGCGGCUACGUUGGAGUUCUUGGGCUGGCCGAGGCAUUGCCGAGGUGGGCCGCCUCCAAGGACGCCAGCCCAAGGCAGGUCCUGAGGGAUGUGUUCGGCCUCAGCGACUUCCGCGACGGCCAGGAAGCGGUCAUCGAGGCCGCCCUAGCAGGGCGCGACGUGUGCGUCUUGCGGUCGACGGGCUCCGGCAAGUCCCUCUGCUACCAGGUCCCGGCCUUCCUCUCGGAUAGCCGCUGCGUUGUAGUGAUUUCACCGCUCAUCUCAUUGAUGCAGGACCAGUGCAUUCAGAUCAACAAGAAGGUGGGCCUUGGGACGCAGCCCGUUGCCGCGCUGUUGAGUUCGGCCAAGGGUGACAAAAAGGUGUAUGCUCGGGUCAUGGGCGGAGAGUACCGAUUGGUGUACAUGGCACCUGAAAGGUUGUUGAAUGGUACCACCCUCGGCGACCUGCAGGAUCUAUCCGCGCGAGGCAUCUUGCAGCUGGUGGCCGUGGACGAGGCCCACUGCGUGUCCCAGUGGGGCCACUCCUUUCGUAGGAAGUACUCGGUUCUCGGUCUCAUCCGCGAUGAACUGCCAGGCAUACCAUUGAUGGCCCUGACUGCAACCGCGACACCCAGAGUCCGCGAGGAUGUCGUCCGGAGCUUGUGCCUCAGGGACCCGCACAUGGACCAGGGCUCUUUCAAUCGACCCAACUUGUUCAUGAAGGUCAUGCCCAAGGGACGAGGCUCCCGGCACAUGCGCCAGGACCUCGACUUCUUGCUGCGCGACAUUUGCGAUGAGGCCCGCUCCCCCGAAGGCAUCAAGCCCACCAUCGUCUACAGCCCCACCCGAGUGCUCGCGGAGAGGAUCGCCGAACUGUUGCAGGGCGGCCUCGCUGGAGUCGAACAGCCCGACGCCGUGGUCUUCUACCACGCGGGCAUGCCCCGCAAGGCGCGCGAUGCGGCUCACCAUGCCUUCCACACGGGCGCGGCCCCUGUGGUCGUCGCCACCGUGGCUUUCGGGAUGGGCAUCGAUAAGCCGAACAUCCGGCGGGUGGUACAUUACGGCCCCCCCCAGAGCAUGGAGGCAUACUACCAGGAGAUGGGCCGCGCCGGCCGCGACGGGCUGCCGAGCGAGUGCGUGCUGCUGUGCCGGGAGAAGGACUCAAGACUUCGGGCUCCCCAAGAUGAUGAUCUGGAAGAGCGGGUUGAGCGACGCGUCGCUUCAGGCGGCCAUGGCCUCGCUGACUGCCCUGCAGGAACUUGCCACACAGGACCUCGAGUGCAGGCGGGCGAGGCUGCUGGAGUUUUUCGGGGAGCGGCUCUCGGGGAAGCCAGCGGGCCGCUGCUGCGACGUGUGCCAGCGGCGUGCGUAGACAUCCCAGAACAGGCUGGCCGACGACCUGGACGUAUGGCAUGACAUUUGGCUCCCAGGUUCCUGCGAUUCGACCUGGGUGGUCAAUCUGAGGAUUGCCGCGAGGUGCCAGCUUGGCGCAGUGAGUAAACAGGCAUUCACCGCCGGCGCCUUCUGUUGGAGUUUCUCAGGGUGCCGCUGAUCCGCAACAACCCAGACCGCUCAUCCGCUGCUGAGGAGGGAGAGAAUCCCAGCUGACAGCAGCACGCCACAUGCUAAGGAGGUAGCGCACUGCGCCGAGGAGAUUCCUAUGGAAUGUACCUCGGAGGAGGAAGACGCCGAGGGAAAACAGGGGGCGCCGUACGCGAGGGGGCUGGAGCACUACGCCGAGGAGAUCCCGAAGGAAAGCCAGCUGCAUGCGGCCGACUCGUGGACCCCCUCGCUUGGUAUCCCCCCCCCCAGUCUGGCCCGCGGAGACGGCCUCGACAAGGUGGAGUCGCCGGAUUCCUGUGUCUCUGUCGCCCUCCGCGCGCGCCCGAGCGGGCGCGCGCGCGCGUCGCGCCCGCGCUGGUUGGCGCUUGGUGGAGAAGAUCGAGGGGGCCUUCCCCCCUCCCCCGUACGCCCUUGUCUUGGCAUCGGUCGGACGUGUGCAGUUUUUUCUUGCGAGGACCAGACAUACGCACGAAACCCACAGAGUGCACGGGGAAUGGACCUCCGAGUGAUGGCGAGUUGUGCGCGCCGCCGGUCUUCGGCGCUCCGAAUUCGACAGCAUGGGCUGCCCUGGUGGGGAGACCGCCCACUGGGCCACCUCGCCGAGCCUUGCCCGGGCCCCAUCCUGUGUCCAGGGCUAUGAUGCUCCAACCUACUUUAGCUUUGAUCGCCAAGAAGAAUUUCG